GUAUAACAUUCUAUGUUGGACAUACGUAACAAAAAGGUGUAUUUAUUUCCUUUGAGAUAACGCUUGGCGGCGGCUUACCUGUCAAAUGUACCUAAAGGAAGAUUUAACAAAACUAUUGGCCUAAUAGUAGUCAUCCAAUAAGAAUCAAUCCAGGCCUAUAUGUUAGAAGAAUCGAUACUUUAAAAGCAUUGGCAAUGUGAACGCCCUGACUUACAAAGCAACGAUUGAUACUGCUAAGAUAGAACCCUUUUUCUAAAGAUCUUGUUGACAUUCAUUCAUUUGUUAACAAUCGUUUUCAACUUAUUAUAGGCGUUUAAUGUUCUUAUUAAUCAUACAGACCGAUAUAUAUUUGUUUCAGAUCACACGUGUUAUACUAAUAUUUGUUUUUGCUCAUAACAACAUACAAUAAUAUUCUAUUAUUUAUCUACUGAGACCUAGAGAUAAGUUAUCGUAUAAUAGUGUGACUCUGUCUUUGUAAAACGUGUUUAAGUGAUUUUCUAAUGACAAUUCAAUGAGACGAAGGGACUACACCAACAGAAAGAGAUCAAGUUUCAAAAUAUGAGCUUUUUAAAAAGUAGGAAACCUUGUUUAGUGUAUUGCUUUGUCUGGAUUAUAUCCUCCGGACUGCACUUUGGAGUAUCCAGUAGUGCUAAUUGUGUGGACCAGCCAAUGUGUAGUUACCAAGCCUCUCAAGGAGAAUGCCAGAGACAUCCGGAGGACAUGCUGAAAGACUGCCCAAAAGUCUGUUUAAAUCCAUGUGUAUGUGAUGUUUCUGCUCAUACCAGCGACACUGCUUGUGACUGUCUUUUGAAAGCUAGAACAGGCUACUGCGAUCUGCCACAAUCUCACCAGGACUGUCCCACUACCUGUGCUACUGUUUUAAACUCAGUGAGCUGUGGUAUUCCUCCGCCGCCCGGCGACCCCAAUGCCCAUCUUUCACUGACCUCCAACUCAACCAAGUAUCUAACCAUAGCAACAGAAGUUUGUAACGACGGGUACACAUCUGUAACGGACAGGCGCCGAGGCAUGAGGAUGUGCAUGAAUGAUGGGACCUGGUCAAAAGACUUCUUUUAUGGCGAACCUGUUCAAUGUAAAUUGGUUAACUGUCAAGCUCCGCCGUCUAUGCAAAACGGCAUAGUGAGUCACAACAGUACACAUGAAGGUUCCCAGGCCAAAUAUUCAUGCAAUACCGGUUUUGUUGGGGCCAACGGAACGUCCCACAGCAUACUGACAUGCAUGCCAGAUGAAACCUGGUCUGGGGACAAGCUUGACUGUCAGAAAUUGGACUGUGGAAGCCCUCCUUUACCUGUCGGUACCAACGUCACAUUUACUUCGACACUCUAUGAAACUGUCGCUAGUUACGACUGCCAAAAGGGCUACCAGUAUCAGCGCGGAGAUUUAACCUUGACCUGCGGUGCAACAGGAACCUGGCAAGGCACACUUAUCGUCUGCGAUUAUAUAGACUGCCGUCAACCCCCCACUGUCCCCAAUACUGACGUCAACUUCUCUGGCACAACCUACGGCAACAUAUCCACGUAUACCUGUCUGGAUGGGUACACAGACCCAAGUAGUCCUACUGUUGUGAAAUGUGAUGAGUUUGGCAAAUGGUCUGGGCCUUCCAUCGCCUGCUCGCGGAAAGACUGCGGCCCGCCUCGGCACAUUGAUGGGACACAAGUGACCUACACUUCAACGCUCUAUGAGUCUCAUGCUAGCUACACGUGUGAUGCUGGCUUCGAACGAGUGGACGGUGAUGAUGUCCACGCCUGUGCAAGCGAUGGUCAAUGGCUUGGUAAACCUCUGACCUGUACAGCUGUUGUAUGUGGGGAUGCCCCAAUAUACCCAGGAGCACGCCUAUGGUCACCGCAGGGUCAAGCACUGUCGAAAUACAAUGACAAGGUUUAUUACACAUGCAUCUACCCGCAGCCUGGACAGGAGAUGCUUCAGUGGACCAUGGAAUGUGGGGCACAGAAACAGUGGCUUGGAGCGCAACCUCAAUGUGUAAAUCAGGCUAAUGUGUUCAGUACAACUCAACCUUUUACAUCUGACCAAACAUCAUUUGAUUCAAACGCAUGGUUUCUGGGGGCAGGCAUACUUGCUGUUGUGGUAUCCUUUAUUUCUCUGUUUGUAGUACUUGGAGUGACAGUUUUUGGAAAAAGCAAAUUAGUAUGCAGGAAAGGGCUGAAAAAUCCUAGGCAGAUGAAAAUCAAACCAAUCGAUGGAGGCAGUCUCAACGCAUAACAAACACAACUUAGGAGUCAACUGUAGAGAGGAAACCAUGUUGUUUUCAACACUUAAAUAACCCAAGAAGUAACAAGUGACAAAUACUAAGAUCAUGAAAAAGUUAAAUGAUUUGUAUUAGCAAGCAGUUUUAUAGUUUGUUGAGCUGGUAGAAGGGAAAUACUUUCUUUGUGGAUUUCAUUGAGAUUGAAAUCAAUGGAUUAAAGAGAACAGUUCAUUUGAUUAGGACAAGAUAACUUUGUGGUCUGUACAUUAAGAACAAUAAAAUAGUCAGCAGUAUGUUUCUAAAUGUAUUUUUAUCAAAUAAAAAAAAAUGCAACCAAUUUACAAUUGAAAGAUUACAUCUUACUAACAUAGGGUAAAUUCAAAACAGUAGUGCCACAUUUUGAUUUUUUAAAAAUAUGUUACAAAAUUUAUUUUUUUAAAUAAUGAAGCUAAAAAUUAUUUUUUUUUACUAAGAUACAGAUGAAAGAUCAAGACUAUAUUACAACUGUUUAAAAAAAGUAUUUUAAAUGAAAUACAAAGUAAAUUUAAAGAAUAAACAAAAAUGUUCAAAUUUUGUAUCUAUGAUAAUCUAUUUUUAUGAUACAAGAGGAAAAGUACAAAUGUAAAUGAAAAAAUAUCUCAGAAUAAUCUCAAAGUAUUGAUGAGUGUGAAGCAGGAAUGGUCAACCAAGAUGCACUGCACAGACUGCACAAAAAGUGCAAUUUGAAAACCUUCCAUUAUAAAUUACAGAAGUUCCUUCAAAAGAGAAGAUUAAUUUGUUAGCAUAUCCUUAUAUUAGCUAGUCGUGCAUAUUAAUUAGAGACUAAAAAUAGAACCUAAAAAAAAUAUAAUUUUUGGAGAGUUCAUUUUCAAAUGAACAUCGUAAGAGAAAAGCACAAAGAUUCUAUGAAUUUUUUUUAACCAAUAAAAUUCAAGGUCUCAGAAAUCUCAUGACAAUUAGUAAACAAAAUGUUUAACUUUGCAAAAUUAAGAUAUUAUCAAAAAAAGGAACAAAGAUAUGACAAAUUAUUUUAAAGUGUAUGUAUAAUUAAUGUAUAUUUUACCAUAAACAUAUUUAGUACAUUUCAAGGUAUGUCAAGCCUUUUUAUUUUUGAUAUGCUGAUACAUUAUACAGACAUUUUUUUUAAAAAAAGGUUGGCCACCCCUGGUCUAAAUUAAAAAAAAAAAAAAAAACAA